AUGCCUCAAUUUUAUUGUGACUACUGUGACACACACCUCACCCAUGAUUCUCCAUCUGUGAGAAAGACACACUGGAGUGGCAGGAAGCACAGAGAGACUGUGAGAGACUACUAUCAGAAAUGGAUGGAAGAGCAGGCUCAGAGCCUGACUGACAAAACAACUGCUGCGUUUCAACAAGGAAAGAUACCUCCUACACCCUUCUCUCCUCCUCCUCCUGCAGGGGCAAUGAUCCCACCUCCCCCCAGUCUCCCAGGUCCUCCUCGCCCUGGGAUGACGCCUGCACCUCACAUGGGGGGCCCUCCCAUGAUGCCGAUGAUGGGUACCCCUCCUCCUGGGAUGAUGCCAGUUGGAUCUGCUCCUGGAAUGAGGCUGCCUACGGGAGGCCACAUGCCAAUGAUGCCUGGGCCCCCAAUAAUGAGACCUCGGGUCCAUCCCAUGAUGGUGCCCACCCGGACAGGAAUGACCUGA